GACAAAGAAUUCAAGAAAGUACUCAAAUGGCUUAAUGUUGUUGAUCCAGCAUCUAACUAUUCAUCUGCGCUUGGUGUUCGUGAACCUGGUACGGGGAAUUGGCUACUAGUGGGAGAUGAGUACAAGGACUGGAAGGGUCACCAAGGAGGGGUUCUCUGGCUUUAUGGAAUAC